CAGACGCACCAACCAAAGAGAGACGCAAACAAAAUGUAGAGUUUUUCCCGCUUUAAUCAUAAAAUCAUGUACUGGCUAGUUUCUUUCCAAAGAUACAUUUUCUUUCCGACCCUUGUUUCCCUUUUUACUUUUUGGCUUAUUAAGAAUCUGCAAAACAUAUCAUGAGUGGUGCCACAGCCGAGUUUGCUGCCGCACUGGGCUUACCACUGACAACUGAAGAGCCAGCAACCCCAGGUCUCGAGGAAAAAGUACUGGAAUUAAAUCAAAUCAAAGAAGAGGAUGUAGCGAUCCAAGAAGCCAUUAUCGAACCCAAACCCGAGCCGAACAAGUCGCUAGCCGAAGAAGACGAGGAAGGCUUUGUUGAUGAGGAAUUGUCACGGAUAACAGAAAGCAAUCGACACAUUCCUUACAUCGAUCCAUUAGUGCGGCAGCGAAGCGCGUCUUUGAAACGGCGGAACCUGCUAGUCUUCACGGAUCCACCCGUAACAGAACGCAAACGCGAUCGGAUUAUUGUUACCAGUCGUUAUGGUGUAGUAAACGACUCACCGCGGAAACGGCGGUUGUAUCUAGCUGCGUGCGACUUCAGUGAAGAAAGUCUUUAUGCGCUGGAAUGGGCUAUGGGUACGAUGAUGCGAGAUGGAGAUAGUUUGUAUGUCUUGACGGUUGUGAAUCGCGAGGAUAAUCCGGAUACUGUUAAAGCUGCCGGUUUAUCAGUGGCCAAGGAGUUGGAGAAAGCGUCAGAGACCCUGACGAAAGAAGCAAGGAAAAUAUUAAAUCAGAUGCUGCUUUUUGAUAUUACGCUCAUCACAUGUGCUGCCGUUGGACGAGUUAAGGAUGUUUUAACCACUCAGAUUCAACAGUUGCCGUUGACAAUGGUAGUAUGUGGUAGCAAGGGUCGAGGAACAGUCAAAGGACUUCUAAUGGGCUCUAUCUCCACAUAUCUUGUGCAUAUUUCCCCAGUACCCGUCUCCGUAAUACGGCUACAAAACAAAAAGAAAAACGAGAGAAAGAAACCUGUAAAGGCACCGCCACUUAGUGAGAGUAUGUACAAUUUCUUGUUUAUUUUGUAAAGGGAGCCGGAGGGCGGGGAAUCAUCAUCAUACUAUGGCAUUUUAUAUAUAAUCUGUACGCUAAUCCUUAUACUUUCUUACUAGGUGGGAAAACAGGGAAAAUUGCAUUUAAUGAGCCAAGCAAGAAGGAGUAGUAUGCAUUUUUGUUUUGUUGCAAGUCAUCCUACA